ACUCAAGCCUCCAACAUUCUCGAAUAGUUUACUCAUAAAAACACCCUUCGGUUUUAGGAUGUCGCGUGUCAAGAGUGGGAUUGUUACCGAAUGUUCUGUGAUCCAGACUCGAGACCCCUGAUGAGCGCGUGAGGAGCGCGGCACCACAGCUGCAGCAGCGCGGAGCUCGGCGCCUCCCGACUGCUAGGCCAAGGAUUGCCAUGGAAACAUGCAGUUUGAGAGUGAGAUGAGAAAUCAUUAAGAGAAUCAAUGUCUAAGGGAUAACACAAAGCAUGUCCACAACAGCCGACAUGACUGUAUGAAGCCCGCUGGUCAAAUUCAUUGUAGCCAAGAACAAUAUAGUGAGAGGAAAGAGUGUACUCAAACAGGCUUCCUGCUGAAAUGGAACCAGCGCACACUUGGACUUAAUACAGAAUCAUUGCAGACAUAUAUACAUAAAUACAUAGAUCUUGAUAUACAAUCUUGGGGUAAUGAGCCACCUGUCAGGUCACUCUAGCGCUGUUCAUUUGGCUUGUGACACUCUGGCUGACAAGAAAUACAGCAAUGCUGAGGGCCCCUCUCCAUGGGAGGGGGAUGAAGAGUCUGGGGGCACAUCUGUAGGACCCACUUGCUCUGAUCCAGCCAACUCACUACAUUACAGCCUUUUUUCAUCUCCCUCUUUGGCUAAUGGCCUGCAAAGUCAUGAAAACCAGCUUCAACAUAAGACAAGGAGACGGAGGCAUACAGUAUAUGUGGAGCAAAUACACACACACGAACAAAUGCACAUUCAGCAAAACACACAACCACAGAUAAAAACACCCCAGCAAUUACACCCACUCACACAGACAAGCACACACCUGCAGCCUUGUACACACAUUCCAAUGGAUACACAUAUGUGGAUGGACACAAACAUACUAACACACAAGCGCAGACAAAAGGACAUAUGCGCACCUACGGGCAGUGGCUCCUCAAUUAUGGAGCUGGACCCUUCCCUUAUCCCAGAGGAAUUGUCUUUAACUCCCAAGACUGAAGCACAUAAUCUCUGUGUUCUGUCACCGCCUUUGUUACACACCACCCCUCCGCCAAAGAAUCUGACACCUCCUCAAUACAACCCUUUGUCUUUACUCAAGGAGGAGAUAGAACACAACUCAAUGUCUCAACUAGAAAUCGAUCACAUCACCAACCUGGACCACAUACGUUUAACAGACCAAACCACUGUCAUGACCUCUAUAGAGGCUGAGAGGAAGUAUACCCUGCGGAGCUCUGGUCGGCCACGUUUCCCCUGCCAUCUUCGGAAAUCAUCCCGUUUACGUAGAGCUGCUGAGGAAACCAUGUUUAAAAGAGAACUGGACCAAAAGGAUGAAGAGGAGGGAAAUAGAGUCUGGAUAACGGAGGACAUUAGGCCAGUGGAGGAGCGUCCUCCAGAGGUGGCUGUGGCAGCCUCAUACUUUGAGGUUUUAUCAGCGCCAGCCGAUGCAGCACAUGUUACUCCAAGUCAUAUAAUGAAAACAUCAGAAGGAGAGGGCAUUCUUACUCACCACUCAGUUAGAGGAAGGCGACAGGCACGUUUUACGGGUGUAAGAAGGAUUGUGGUGAAAGUAGCCAGAAUACCUGUUCACAUGAGCCGACGACAGAAAAGCUACAAAAUCUCCUCAUUGGAGCCGGUGUGUGCUGGACCCCAUGGGGAGGGGCUUGAGGGAGAUGUAGGUGGUGAGUCAGGAGCUAAUGUUCCCAGAGAGCCCACUCCUCUUCUCCGCAUGAAAAAUAACGGAAAGAGUGUGAUGGUGAUGUUUCCACCUGGAAAACUUCCUGUCAUCUUGAAGCGGCGUAGGGGACGCCCUCCUAAACAGACGUUACCAGGGCAUCCUGACAUUCAUGAGACCAGAGUAGGAGCAGCUAGUGCAGCAGAGCCCAAAAAAAUAAGGAGACGACGGACAGUAAAGCUACCAUUUCCACAGCCCUCAUAUGUUAAUGAUACCUAUGAUGUUAAAGUAGAAUAUGCAGAUGUUCUCUCCAAACUGGCCUUCUUGAACAAGCAACCUCCCAGUACUGGCCGCUGCUCCCCUCCACGCUGCUGGACCCCAACAGAGCCUGAGACUUUUCAUAUACCACCAGAAAAUCCAUCCCUUUCCACUCUUUUGCACCGUCUCACAGGGUUCCGCCGGAGAGGUGGUCGUGCAGGCUGUAUGGGGAGUAGGGGAGGGGGUGCUUCUGGAUAUUCUGAAUCCUUUAAGAGGUCAUUCAGUGACUUCUUUGAAACAAUUGGCAAGAAAUGGAAAGCCACCAAAUCUGAACUAGGAACUCCUCAAAAAAGAGGCAAAGGAGUUGCUAGGGGAAUAACUAGGGCAUCUUUAGGUGACUCUGCACAAGGGGAGAAAGUUAGAAAACGGCAGUCACGAAAGAAUGGGGCAUUAAAGAAUGGACCGAAUGCUCAAGAACAAGACUGGCAAAAUGGGAUCAGUGGUUGGAUAGGGAAAGCUGACAGAGAUUUUUCUGAGAAAGCAAGUAGUUAUCAGAGUCCUUGUUCCCCUCGAGGAAAUUUUCAAACCAGUGAGACUAUUAAGGGGGGGAUGUACCACAGCCCUGGCAUGAGAGGUGUGGGCAGUGGAGAGGAGUCUCAGGGUAUGUUUGCAGGAUACUUUCGUUCCCUACUUGAUUCUGAUGACUCCACUGACUUGCUAGACAACUCUAUGUCCAGUCCUGCUGGACGUCAGGAAAGCUGUAAACUUACCCCAGGAUAUGAGGGUGGCAGCCCAGGUGCAGCCCACCCUUGGUCUACUGCCUUUUGUAAAAGAAGUCCUAAAAGAGUAGCCUGUCUUGGGGAAGGGGCCCCAUUAAACUCACCACAAACUCAGGCCAGCUCAGCAACUAACCCCUCAUAUCCAUAUAGUGGUUCACAGCCUUCUCCCACCCCAUCCUUCCCUAAAUCCCCUGCUCUCUUGCUUUCCUGUUCACCUAGUUCUCCCCAUCCAUCUGGAGGUUUUUCUCAAUAUCCACCUAGUUGUAGUGCUGGGGUCCCUCAAGGAGGACGCAUUCACCCUCUCCCUCAACAGCAGAAACAACAGCAAAGGCUAAGUGACUGUAGCUAUGCAUAUGGCGCAAAAACUCCCUCCGUUCCUUCAGCACAGUGUCAGAUGAGUUAUUCGAAUUACCAGGGAUCUGCCAAGCGAAAUUAUAGUGGAUAUCCAGGCCCAACCCAUUCAACCAUACUGCGAGGUGACUCUUGUCCAACCUCACCAGGAGGAAGCUAUUUUUCAAUGUCAAAGUCUAGCCCCUACACAUUAACUUCCUCUCCCCCUGACGGUUGUAGACAAUACACCACCACAGCACAGUGGGGGUAUAGACAAUUAGGAAAUAAUUGGUGUGGUGAUGCAUAUGGGAGUCAUCAGUUUCAUGGUUACUCUGACUAUGGCGUUGCCGGAACUGGUUCAGAAUCCAAAGACAUUUUGGACAUCUCAAACUACACACCCCAAAAAGCCAAAAAGCGUCCCUGCCCUGAAACUCUCUCUGAUUCCUCCUCAGACUCUUCUCAUACUGGUGGAGGGGGGAUGGGUGCAAUGGGGGGAUCAUUUCGCCCAAGGGAUGUUCCUAUGCCUGAGGGGCAGUCUAGCCUUUCAAGCCUGGAGAAGCUAAUGCUUGACUGGAAUGAGAAUUCAGCAGGCCCCUCUUACAACUGGAGUCAGAAUGUACUAUUCCAAGGGGGGACAAAACCAGGUCGUGGCCGAAGGAAAAUGUCUGACAUACACAAUGAGAAGGAAGCAUGCUCUGUUCCCCCAGAAUCCCCUGCCAGCCCUCCUAUGCAAGGAGGAGGGCCAAAACGUAGUGCUAAAGGUGGAAGACAGCACAGGGGAGCCAGAGGCAGGGGAGGAUUCUCAUCUUGCCAUAGAGAACGACAACCACCACAAAAAACAAAAACUCAAAAGCCUACAGCCCCAUCAAGUUCAAGUCAAAUAGGUUCAGGGGUUGUAUACCAGGAAUCAUUGGACUACUACAGUGGAGAUAGUAGCAGCCUAUCACCUCUCAGCCAUGCCCCAGAGUCAUGUGAAUACCCCUCCCCAUAUUCUGUUCACACUUCUACUCCUUCCUCAGAUGAGCGAUUUGCACAUGUCUACCCUCCAGACUCUGCCUCUGUGUCUCCUAGUUUAUCUAACCAGUCAGAUGUCUUAAAGCAGUACCCUAAACCUGGGCCUCCCUCACAGACUUAUGGCCAUAUGGCCAGGACUUUCAGUCCAACCCUGUCCCCAACCCCUCGCCUCUUGCCACAGUGUGGUUCCGUCAUGAGUCCACACCGGGUUCCAAAAGAUCAGUUAACCCAGUAUGAUUCCCCGAGUUAUAGUGGCUCUCCAUGCUGGUAUGGGCAAGUAGGAAGUGUCGCUAGCAGCCCCCAAACCUUUGAAGAACAGCGACCACCAGCAGUCUCCUUGCCCCCCCACAAACGGGACAUGCCAUUGAUGAUCUCUGGGAUGAGGGUUCUGUCCAAUUCACCGUACACCUCCCCUUUAGACAGAGGCCCUACCACAUCCACUUUCUGUGUGAGUGGAACUCUGGACUCUUCCUCUCAGCAUGAAGAGAUGGGUUAUCAUGGUAACUUAGAAAGCUAUGCACCCCUUGGACACCGUUAUGCACCCCAAACUGCCCGGAGAGGGGUUCUCUGCCAGCUUCUUGACCAGCCCAGUGAUGAAGGAUUCACAGUUACCAGCCUGUAGCUGGAAUUAUCAUGGCAUUGCUGAAGAGAUGACCCUUUUCAUAUUUUUAAUAUUUUUUAAAGGAUAAGAUUUGGAAGACACUUACUAAAUUGAGACUGAGGAGAUUCACAGCCAUGGACUAAAUAAAGACUUCUCCAGCAGUGACAAUCAAGAUAAAAAUUCACACACAUGCACAGACACACACAGAAACACACAUGCACCAAUGCACAAACAAAUUCUAUGUCCACAAUACAUUCACAUGUACUUGCUUAUAAACUUUCGUAUGUUGACAUGCAAAUGCAAAAGCCUGUGCGAAUAGACAUACACUCACAAACUAACAAUGCUGCACAGCUUGGGCUAGGGAUUUUUGAAAGGACCGAAUGGACACUGCUAGUAUCAUGAAGAAACCAAUUUGAUGAAAAGCAGGGAACAGCAUGUCCUUUUCUUUAGAGUGUAACUGUGCAAAUGGGAAUUCCACAUUUUAGUGAUACCCAAAAACUACACUUUUUGUGCGAGACCACACAAAAGGUUUUUGAAUACAUCCUGUUCCUUUUUCUCUAUCUGGUUUUAGUCUCAAAACCUCCUCUGAUUAUGUCCCAGAGGAGAUAAUUUACGUUAUCCCUAAAGGUCCACUUCCUUCAGCAUCUAUAAAUUAUGACACUGCACAAACUCUACCAUCUCACUCCAAGUUCUAUAUGUUUUUUAAAAGCCAGCACUUGUACAUAAGCUACUCAAACAGUUCCAUCAAUAGAGGAGAUCAUUGCAAUGAAACAACAACAGAAACACAAGUCCAGCUAAAAGAGCAACAAUGAGUGUUUCAGAACUGCUUUAAGGACACAUGAGGGGAUACCAGUUUUAUUUGGCUUUAUAUAGUUUAGCUUGGGUUUGUACAAGUGCAAUUUAAUUAAUAUUUUUUUAACAAAGGCCUGGACUGGUUCAACAGGAAUGUUUCUCAACUUGAUCCAUUCAACCAUCGCUCUGAAACUGCAGCAUGAUCACCUUGUUUUUGUCCACAGGAGGACAAAAAAAACAUGCACUGGCCCCAAAAUAUGCUGUGCUUGUCAAGCUGUUUAGAGGCCAAGGCACUUUCCACCCUUGACAUGAUCCUGGAACUCAGGGUGUGGACAACGCAUAUUCUCCUGCCCAUCCUCUUUUUUCUUUCUUCCCUCUGUUCCUAUUUCUUGUGGUCCACUGUGUCGUAUAGUGUUUUUUUUUUGUGAUGAAAUAUUGUAUCUGUCCGUUCCAUAUACUGUAUCUGAGAUGAAAAUAUUUAAAUACACUUUCUGUUCUGAUCAUUGUUUAAUUUUGUCCUGCCUCUGAUCUGUGGUUUGGAGAAAUUAGAUCAAUAUGAAACUAAGGAAAGUGUCCAUUGGUGGCCAACUUGGUAGCCACCAAUGGACCCUUUCCUUAGUUUCAUAUUAAUCAUAUAGAUAAUAUUAACAUUUAACAACAUGUCAGUUCACGUUCAGAUGCCUGUUCAAUUAGUUAAUGAUCAAAAACAUAGAUUACUAAAACAAUAAAGCUUUAAAAAUGAUUCGCUAAGGAUAAGAUGUAUCGCUGAGUUUGCGUGCCAUUUCUUAUCAAAAGAUUAUGUUUUCUGAGAGCAGUUUCUGUGACUUGUUUGUAUUCAGGGCUGUGCAGCACUGCUCAGGCAUUUGGAAUGAGGCAAUUGCGCUUUGGGCAUCAGACAUUCUCACAGUUUAGAUGAGGACACGAGCGGAGAUGUGAGACAGAAAAAAGACUGUGUUUGAAUUAUGGAAUUUAUGGAAAGGAAGUGAUUUGAAUGAAGGUGGAUGAGAA